AUGGCCGACAACGACGCCCAGCACGAGCAGCACACCUUCGAGUCCACCGAUGCCGGUGCCUCCACCACCUACCCCAUGCAGUGUUCUGCCCUGAGAAAGAACGGCCACGUCGUCAUCAAGGGCCGUCCCUGCAAGAUCGUCGACAUGUCGACCUCCAAGACCGGCAAGCACGGUCACGCCAAGGUCCACUUGGUCGCCAUUGACAUCUUCACCGGCAAGAAGCUCGAGGAUCUGUCUCCCUCCACCCACAACAUGGACGUCCCCAACGUCUCCCGUCGCGAGUACCAGCUCCUCGACAUCACUGACGACGGUUUCCUCUCCCUCAUGCUCGACGACGGCUCCACCAAGGACGACGUCAAGGUCCCCGACAACGAGGUUGGUGAGCGCAUCAACAAGCUCUUCAACGACGAGCAGAAGGACACCAACGUCAUCAUCCUUACUGCCAUGGGUGAGGAGUGCGCCAUUGAGGCCAAGGAGGCUCCCAAGUCCGGUUAA